CCCCAGUCUGCCUUCACGCCAGACGGCCACACCACACCACACGGGUGGCAGCGGCGGCUGUGGGCACCGCUCCCGCUGGGCUCGCCUCACGCUGCUGGCGCUGGCCCCAGGGCACCGGGCUCCAGGCGGGGCACCCCGGCAGCCCCUGCGCCCGCCGCGUCGCCACGGAGACCUCACAGAAACCAGAGGCCACCAUGGCAGGGGCCGAGCGGUACGGAACAGGCUCUGCCUCACCCCGCGCUGCUGGGUGAGGGCCAGCCCCACAGCCCUGCUCGUGUGAGGGGUGCGCAGAGGAAGCCGGUAUCAUCAUCCACAGGGAGCAGCGAGAUGAGCGACACCGGUGCUGCGACACAUGCAGCCACUGAGCCGGGCACUUGGUGACACCCGGGUGAGACGGGGCAGCAGUGGGAGAUGGAAACGUCAGGCAUUGCCAAUCCCACCACUGUGCAGAAGCCACCAGGAAUUUCAGUGGCCGUGCAAACAGAAGCUAGCUGGCUUUAUGAACAUGCCUACGGAAAAUCAUCCCUGCCAGACAAGUCCAGCAGUUUAGAUAUUUUGUGCAACUUGGAGUUCAAAGAUGACUUUGUGAAGCUGUUCACGCAGUCCCUACACACACUCCCCUCUGUUGGCCUGCCGACUAUUCUGGCCUACAGACCCGAAUCAUCAUGGGACAGCAUGCAGAUCGAGGUAGAGGAGGACAGCACUCCAAAGUGUGAGUUCUGUGGUAGCCUGCUGAAGCCAUUUCCUUCCUUUGAGGACACUUGCCCACCAUCAGAGGAUUAUGAAUCAAAGUUCUGCUGUGAGCAGAAUCAAGACCUCUACGAGUUCAUUGUAAAGGAGACAAAGAAUCACGAAAGUGCUUGGAAUGUUCCCAUUGCUAUCGAACCCCACAAGUCCCAUGGCACUGAAGCCGAAAGACGCCUGUCAAAGGAGAGAGCAUACCAGAGGCAGCAGGAGAGAGAAAUGGCCAGACAGUUAGCUUUCCUGGCAGCUGAGCCAACAACUGUAGCCGAAAGUUCAAGACAACCUGGCAUGAUUUCUUACCUGCUUUCUCAGGAGCCACCAUCUCCAACAGGCUGGACACUGGUACCUGGUGAAAGAGCAGCAAAGCUCAAAGAGGAGCCCAUCUCCUACAGCAUCGCCUGCUGUGAUUUCACCAUUGUGGGCGGAAGGGUAGUGAAGAAUGAAUUGUUGGAAAAAUACUACAAACAUGGAGGGAAAUUUCUUACCAUGCUUCCAGAUGGAACAGCGCAGUUAUUCUAUCCAUCUGGAAAUCUGGCAAUCAUUGUCAUACGAGAAAGAAAAUGGUUUAUUUGCAUAGUACAGGAAGACAAGCACAAUAACGCCGAAAUACAAGCAGUAUUUAAGUCCAAUGGCAGAAGUACUUGUUAUCACCCACACGGAUCUGUAUGGAUAAACAUGAAUGUUCAGGGAGGGCAGUAUUUGGACAAGGCAGGCAGCAGGGUGAGAAGGUGGACAUGGCCACACAGCUUAACAUCAUCAGGACCCUGCGUCCCGUUCAGCCCAAUCUUCAUCUCCCUGAACCAGCACGUGGGGGUCAGGAUUGUCGGCCAGGACAAGAUCACUGUUUCCUUCCUCGCCAUGGGACAACAAGCAAAAUUCAACGUGGGAACCAAAGUGCAGGUCAGCCCGGCCAGCCGGCUGCGUGCUCCCUCCCCGCUGAGUGAGGAUGACCUCCUGUUGCUGGCCCUCAGGGUGAGGAUCCUGCGGCUCUUCGAUAAACUGCGUGGAUGCUUAAGCUUUCCUUCCAAUGAGCAGUGGGACAAAAUCAAGCCUCCAGCAUACCUUAUGACACAGACUUUAAAGAUCUUACACAUUUGCACAACUUCUGACCUAAGUGAAGAGCUGCGCAACUCGGUUAGGGCGAUAGUAAAUGCUCAAGUCUGACCAGCAUGCAUGGUGUGAAGGCGAAAUGAGCAGAGCCUGGGAAGAGACAGAGAUGUCCUUGAAGCUGUGGCACUUGCGGGUGCUCAGCAAGGUUCCACCGGCAGCUUUUCCCCACUGCGGUGUGGAGCCGAGGACAGCCUGCAGCCCUUCUGCACAGCCACCCUCCUGUGACCCUCCCACCCGAAAGGUGCUUGCUCAACGUAAAUGAGGCUGUGGCGCAAGAAGCACCAGCUCACGUUUUGGUGUGAGCUCGUGGCGAAGUACAUCUUGUCUGUGAGGCUUGAAGAGGGGCUUUGCUCAGGGUACAAUAAAUUCAUGCUUGAUGUUGG